GCCUAGCGGUCCCCCGCCAGCCCAGCAGCGAGCCACUUUCGCGGGCCCUCACAGCCUGAAGGGUUGUGGAUUGCGGCAAAUUUACACAGAGAACACAGCUAUAACAGCACCUCCAGCACACAACACACAGCCAAAAGCCUACAAGCCCGCCAGCAAACAAUGUCGAUUUCCAUCAUCUCAUCAGACGGAGAGCCUUUCAAAGUGGAGCGCAAAGUCGCAGAGCGCAGUGUCCUCAUCAAGAACAUGUUGGGGGACCUGGGCAACGACGAUGACGACGACGACGAGAGCUUUGAGGUGCCAAUUCCAAACGUUAGAGGCUCAGUGCUGCAGAAGAUACUGGAGUGGUGUGAGCACCACAAGGACACAGCGUUCCCAGACGACGAGGACGACGACUCCAGAAAGAGCGCCCCAGUGGAGGAGUGGGAUCGUGAGUUCCUCAGGGUCGACCAGGAGAUGCUGUACGAGAUCAUCUUGGGCGCAAACUACCUGAACAUCAGACCGCUGUUGGACGCCGGUUGCAAGGUUGUUGCUGAGAUGAUCAGGGGCAAGACACCUGAGGAGAUCCGUAGAACGUUUAAUAUCGUCAACGACUUCUCCCCAGAGGAAGAGGCUGCGAUCAAAAGAGAAAACGAGUGGGCUGAAGACCGUUGA